AUGGAGGCACCAGAGGAUGGACUGGAGGACCUGGACCACUCGGAUGCCGAGAGCAUCGGGUCCUUGAGUUCGCGGGCUCAGAGGAUGAACGAGAUGCUUAGCGAUAGCGACUCGUCCAUUGAAGGCCGGGCGAGCACGGAUGGAGAGCGAACGUUCACUUCGUUGUCGUCCUACGACGAGCCGAGAACGCCAAAAUCGCCUGCACCGGAAUACUCUGCCCAUGGAUUUCCCAUGAUCGAGUCCUCGGAUGAGAAGAACCCGGAGUUGUUCCGGAGGUACUCUGUAGAGCCUUCUCCCACUUACCAGAGGGAUAGUAUAUCAACCAUCGGACCCAAGGGUCCUCAUCUAUUCCGUUCAUACUCGGCCUCUCACGUUACUUCAAUUGCCCACAUCACAAUCCCUCACUCGGGUAUUGUAAUGCCGCCAACCCCAUCCGCAUCUGCAUCUCCUUCUUCGCCUCCUGCAGCUGUCUCCCCAUCGCACUUUCCAGCUCCCCCGCAAUCACCUCACUAUGCCGAAUCACCACAGGUUCGCCCGAUGAGCGAACUAUCAGCUGUUGUCAGUGACUAUGAGAUCGAUGAGGUCAAGAGCUGGAGUCCCAAACAAGUUUGCGCUUGGAUGCUUGCUUUGGGCUUUGAGAGGGAACUCGUAGAGAAGUUCGAAAGGAACGACAUCUCCGGCGCUAUUCUCGUGGAUUUGAAAUGGGAGGAUUUGAAAGAGUUGGAUAUCCACUCCUUCGGUAAGCGUAUCGAGCUCUGGUCUGAGAUCCACCAUCUCCGAGCUCGCACCGCCACUUCCCCACCGAUGGCUCAAGAGCCCUUCGUCCGCACCUCAUCCCGCGUAUCCCGAAACUCCUCUACCCGCUCCAAGACAUCUCGAUCACCGAAGUUCGCCCGUGGUUCACAAAUGGUCGUUCGAGAAGUUGGUCACAUGAGGUCCAGUAGCGGAGCCAAAGCCCUCCCAGACCUCCCAACUCUCCUUCCACGAUCUGACCGCCGGAAAGAGAAGGUGAUCUCUGAGCGUGAGGAGUCCUCCGAUGAGGAGCACGCAUCAAGGCCAAUUAGGCAGAUGCGCAAACGCGGCAGGAAGACCAAUGUGCGUGUGCCGAGGAAGCAGCAGUUCUCUGUCGAAUCGAUUGAUUCGGAGACAGCGUCUUCGGAACCUGCGUUUGAGCAGUAUGGGCAUUCUUUGAGGUACAUGCCCUCUAUCGAUGAUAUUGAAGGUCACGUGGUCAUUCGUGCGCGCAGGGCAAAGUCCCCCGCUACUCGCCGUAGGAGAAAGAGUGUUGUUGAGGUUCUGCCGAAUGAGAUCUCGCGUAAACCUUCCACAAAGCACAAGUGCAAGAAGCACGACGGGAAGUGCGAGCACAAGCACCAUAAGAAGCCUCAUAGGUGUAGUAAGGGUGACAAGUGCCGCAAGCAUGGCGGUAAUGGUAGUGGAUCAAAAUCCUCCGGGUCGAAGAGGGUUCCGUCCCUCGAACACGGGACAAUCCUCAUCGCCACGACCCCAAGCAUUGCGGAUGCUAACCCUCCAAGAAUUUCUGCACUCGAUUCCGGCUCCGAGAGACCAACGAGACCAGGAAGUCUGGCCACCAUCAGCGUCCUCGCAUCGAGCGACGUUUUGGGCCCUACUCACGGCUCUGAAGUCAAGCUUCGCGAGAACACACUUAAGGAUGUAGCACGAAUGGAUCCAUUGGAGAAUGUCAAGCAGUUCCUAACACUCCAGCACCUCCAACACCUCGAAGAGCGCAGGGAGUCCCCACCCCCGGUCCCGACCAAGUCGGCAGAGCACCUUGCUCGUGCAAGGGGGACAUACAUGCCGCCUACACCCUCCGCUACACCUAGCCCACCACUUUUCCCUCGCAGCGACUCUCUUCUGCCACCCACCUCCUCUCACUCGGCAAAGUCGGUACUGGUACCCCUCGCACCAGCAAUCCAACUCCCCCCAACACCCACCCCCUCCCCGCCAAUGCGCUCGCAAACUCCCUCCCUGGGCCUCCGCAUCCAGGGCAUGGAGCGACCGGCACCCCCCUCAAUCAACAAUGCCACGUCCCCAAUCUCCCGAAUGCGCUCACCAUCCAACCUCCUCCGCACAACAACUCCGUUCUCAGAGGCAGACGUACCCUACCCCUCCGCAACCCCCGUACCACGAAACAUGUCCAACUCUGCGCCCCCGGACAUGCGCUUCCGCCGCUUCCCAACCCCCGACUUUUCCCAGCAACACAGCAAUCCCCCGCUCCCUACAACUCCCUUGCCACUUCCUUCCCGCCGCGGCACCUCAGCCUCCGCGUCCCAUUUCCGCCCACAGCCACUCCACAUGACAGUCGUCGACGAAAAUGCCGAGUGGGAACCCAUAGACGAGGACGAAGAAGUCAAGAUGGCUCCCUCACCCAACCCCUCAAAAAUGCACAGCGGGUGGAUGAAGAAGCGACGAACAAACUGGUUCCGUCACGAGUGGGCCGACUACCACUUUGUCCUGAAGGGCACACGCCUCGGAUACGCCAAGAACACAGAGAAGGAGGACGGAUUCAUCGAGAUGGACAAUUACUCCGUUUCCUGCUCGAAUAGUGCUUCGCAUAAGCUCUCCGCCGCGUUCAAGGGGGCGAGACUGUUCGGAAGGAAGACUAGUGUUGUGGGUGAAGGUACUGGUGCGUACUUUUUCCAGUUGGUACCGGCUGCGCCCGAGGGUGGGAGGAAUGCGGUUGGGAAGGUGCACUAUUUUGCGGUCGGAAGCAGGGAGGAGAGGAUUGAUUGGAUGAGAGAGCUUAUGCUUGCCAAGGCUAUCAAGCAGAAGAAGGAGGGGUUUGAGGUUGAGGUUAAUGGGGAGAGGGUUUAGACGUCUCUACUCUUUUCUCGUUCUCGGGGUGUUUUUUUUUUUUUUAACUUGACAUUUACUUUGUUUUCUUGUUUGGUUAUCUGGUUGUUUCUGUUUUUUAUUCUCUUUUCUUUUCUCAUGUCCCCUGGUCCCCGGUCCUUGGUUUAGUUAGCUGUAUUGAUGGUUUGGUGGCUAUCCCCAGUCAGUCUCGAAUUCCGCAUUGACUCCAGCCAACCUUCCCUCGACCUGUAUUUUUCUCACCACCUACAAACUUUCCUUCCUUCCUUUCCUAUAUCUUACAAAUAAGGGCAUCAUAUCGGGGUUAGGUUCUUUAUCGGUCUUGUCUUAUUUCCUUCCUGUUUAUUCCUCCAGUCUACCGGAAAGGCUUAUGGUCCAUCGAUUGAUUCUUGAGACGUAGCCUUUCCUUUUCUUAUAUUGCUUCUUCCCUUCGUUAUCUACUAUUUUAUCUAUUUACUUUUUUUAUUCUCUCACAUCAGUCAAUCCACAAAUCUAACCUAUCCGUACUCCUUCGUUUUUUUUUUCCAUUUUUUUUUUCCAUUAUUCAAUUUGUAACGUUUCAGAUAGGAAAAGACGAAAAAAGUGUCUUGUGGUGGUUGGGUGUUUUUUUUUUUCUUGUUUGUUUGUCGGAUUGUGUUCAGCUGGGAUCGCUGGAAAGAGGAUGUAGCUAGCUAGAAAAGAAUGUGUGUUAUCAA